AUAUGGUCAAAUCUCGCGAUGAUUCCGUGGCCAGAGAUCAUUUCCUUAAAAAGUGCGUUUCAUGUCCCGGAUCAGUACAUUAUAGUGAUGUGAUUUGUGCAACGAUGAAGAUGACGAGAGUUGCGCGGUGUUUAACGACGGAAUACUAGCCGUAUCGAUGCAAUAAAAGUCAACGAAGAAAGUUUCGACAUAACAGGACGUUGAUGAUACCAAAAGGAAUUAAAUUCCUUAUUCACUAUGUAUUGUGCAAACACGAGAGAAAAGACUUCGUUUUGUUCAGACUCAUAACAAGAAUUUGAUGGAGGAAUAAAAUUGUAUAAAGCCAAAAUGUCGUUUCCGGAUCUGAAUAUGUCAGACAACGCGUUGACAAACGAAUAUAUUGUCAAUUCUGACAUUGAUCAUGUGUUUGCUAGCAACAUACCUCAAUUAUCGACGAUGACUCCGAUUAUUGCUAACGUUACAUUGCCUGGACAAGCUGAUCUUUUGGAAAGUUUAAUCAUUCCAUUAUAUGGGACGAUAUUUCUACUUUCGAUGAUUGGAAACUCUUUGGUGCUAAUUACCCUCGCACGUAAUAAGAGGAUGCGAACUGUAACCAAUGUUUAUCUGCUGAAUUUGGCAGUUUCCGAUUUGCUGCUCGGUGUUUUCUGCAUGCCUUUCACACUUCUUGGACAAAUGCUGAAGAACUUCGUAUUUGGCAUUACCAUGUGCAAGCUCAUACCUUAUUUCCAAGCCGUAUCAGUCUCCGUUGGGGUAUGGACGCUAGUCGCCAUUUCCUUGGAACGUUACUUUGCUAUCUGCAGGCCAUUAAAGUCAAGAAGAUGGCAAACUCAAUUUCAUGCCUACAAAAUGAUCGCUGUGGUCUGGACUGCCAGCCUUACGUGGAAUGCUCCAAUUCUGGUCGUUUCACAGCUCAAGAACAUACGUGGAGGCAGACGCAAAUGUCGUGAAGAAUGGCCAAGUGUCGGAACCGAACGAGCUUACAAUUUGUUCUUGGAUGGUACGCUGCUUCUGGUCCCCUUGAUCGUGAUGAGUCUGGCUUAUUCUUUAAUCGCUGUAAAACUCUGGCGAGGAUUACGGCAAGAAAUAAGGCAAUCAUCGUCUUGUCAGCAGCGUCUUACAGUGGAGAGAACAGAAUCCAGUGGAACAGUGAGAAAUUCGACGUACGACAAAGGUGAUUCAGCUACCGGCACGCCAGUUGUGGUGAAUGCUUGUGGUGCUUCUUCAAGAUUAAGGCGAGGAUUUUCCACUUCACACGGAUACUUUCAUGGUUCCUCGCAGAGAGUAUCGUCCAGGGUACGCGUUCCACGAACGAGGGUCUCCAGGGAUUUCGCUCGAAAAUGUCAAGAAUCUGAUUUUUCUCAUGAAUCAAGGGAACAGGUUCGUACCAAUGGAACCAACUGCCUGUCAAGAGACACAGAGGACAAUUCUGUCCAAGAGAAACAAAACUCAGCUUGCCCCUUCGCCAGACAACACGUGAUACGUAGUAAUUACAUGGGCAAAAGCAUUGAAGCUAAAAAAAAAGUGAUCAGAAUGUUGUUCGUAAUUGUUCUGGAGUUCUUUGUCUGUUGGGCACCACUACACGUGAUCAAUACAUGGUACCUUUUCGCUCCAGAAUUGGUUUAUUCAAUAGUUGGGAGCACCGGAAUUAGCUUGGUUCAGCUACUCGCCUAUGUUUCCAGUUGCUGCAACCCGAUUACCUACUGUUUCAUGAACAGAAAGUUUCGACAAGCAUUCCUUGGCCUCUUUGACUGCCACCGUUGUUGGAGAGUAGGGUGUAGAAACAGCGAUAUUGCUAUGGCAUCAACCAGGAAUGCAGUUCAAGGUGGAAACAACAGCGAGCUGAGUGGGAAUGAAACGACGGUAUAUCUCGGAAAAGCGUCGUUGGUCGCCAGAUCCGAGGUGAUGAGAUUACUGGAAGAGGAAGAUCGGGUCUAGUACAGGCAGAACGUGUCCUACCUCGAAAAUCCAAGAUCAAACGUUCCGCUGUUACAGACUGGUAACGAGCAGGACGAUUUCUUUUUAAAAAUAUCAUGGCGUCCAUCUACUGAUAGGGUUCAUUUACCUAAAGAGAAGUGUCUCGCGAAUAACGAUCCACAGUGUUACUCAUCGAGAACAUCCUGCGUGGACAAUCUAAAUUUUCUCUAUGACUAAUAACUGAAGGACGUAUUUUAAUUGUCCCAUGCACAAACGCGUUGCGUGAAUCACAAGAUACACUGGUACGUAUGUCUUUUAGUGAUUUUGAGGCAUAUGUUUUUCGAAGUACUUAUAAAUAAGUUAUUCCUUCUUUUUUCUAUAAUAUUUAUUUGGUUGAUGUGAAUUAGGUAUAUGGAAGAGUUAUAACUUGUUUCUAUUUACCCUUUGGGUAUUCUUCAACUUUUUUAUGGUGUAAAUGUUUUAAAUAUUAAGGUAAAUUAAUAUAUUGAAUGCCGUGUGGGUUAUUAAUAAUUGGCACUAUAAAUUUAACCCUUUUAACAUUGAUAUGUAAUUUUGUUACAUAUGUAAAUUGUCAUAGCUUCCAAAAUUGUGGUUUUCUGGAUUGUAGUUAAAAUAUAGGUACAGUAAAGACUCGAUGAAAGCGAAAAAGAUGUGUAAGUACGAUGAAAGCGAAGAACUCAUCGUCACCACUAUAAAAACGUGUAUACUGUAUGCCCCUUGAGAUGCCACGAACUUAUUUUUCAUUCUUUUCUUAUAAAACUUUUACCAGGAUAUUUAUGACAUUUUAUUUAUUUGUUAAAUUGACGAUAAUAAGUUUCGGUCACAGGGAAGAAUAGCGAAUGAAAAAGAAAGAGAACCCGCGAUCGUGACAAUCGGGAGUUCCUCUUUAACUCGCCGUCCUUUUACACGUUCGAAGGUGUCGGCAAGUAAAAGUUUGAUCCCAAGGGUUUAGCUUUUAUCGAAUCUUUAUUGUAUUUCUUAUUUUAUUAGAAAAUUUCUGUGUCGGUAUGGUCUACUAAUGUCGAGUUUUGAAGGGUUGAUAUAAUCGAAUGUUUGAAUGAAAGAAAAAAUUAAGGAAAAUUUUAGAUUGCAUUGAUAUUAUACCACUUUCGUAAGAUGGCAAGUGGAACAUUUAAAUCGGAAAAUGGAACGAUCGUAUUCUGAAUAAUUAUAGUUAUAGGGUACGGUUUUCACUACGACGUUUAACAAGUUAACCCCUUGAUUACUAUGGACGACCUUAGUCGUCCAACGCAAAGCGUUUGUAUUUCAAAAUAGGAGAUGCUAUGAAAAUUAAAAAAUUACAAUUAAGUUAACAAUUUAAUAUACAAACGUACGAAAACGUUUUAUGACAAAAAUGGUCAUAGCGAAAGUGUUGAGAAUCAUUUUAUGCGUGUUGUAUAAAUGCGUCUUAUGUCUGUAAAGAAACAUACAAAAAUGUAUUCUUAAGCGUGUCAAAUGUACAAUUGCAAACUUUAUGAAUAAAAUAAAUCAGAA